GGGAGAGCGUGAAUGAGCGGGAGGGAGAGAGGGAGAAGCAGCGUCGAGCUCUACUUUGCCUGAGCCUGUGGUGACACUGAUGCUCACAGAUUUCUCCUCUCUCAUCCUUCUCUCUGCAUUGCUCCCUUCUCCUCCUUUCCCAUUGCUGUGCUCUUCUUUCUCUUUCUUUCCCUGUACUUUUCCCCUCCUUUUUUUCCCGAACAACUACCGUCUGCUCUCUUCUUACUCCUCACACUCACCCCCUCUUGCUCUCCAUCUCAUUCCCCUCUCCUGUCCUCUUUUGGUGCAUGGAGAGAGGGUCUCUGGCCCCCACCUGCAUCCCUCUCCACCUCCCUCCAUGGGCGUCCGAGCAUCCUGCAGGCCAGACCCUGCGUCCCAGCAGAAUGACUCUCCUCUCCCAGACCAGGAUGAGGAGAUACUGGGCUCUGACGAUGAGGAGCAGGAAGACCCCAAUGACUACUGUAGAGGAGGUUACCACCAUGUGAAGAUAGGAGACCUGUUCAAUGGAAGAUACCAUGUGAUCCGGAAGCUGGGCUGGGGACAUUUCUCCACUGUGUGGUUGGCCUGGGACAUACAAGGGAAGUGUUUUGUGGCCAUGAAGGUGGUGAAGAGUGCAGAGCAUUACACUGAGACAGCCCUGGAUGAGAUCAAGCUGCUGAGAUCAGUCAGGAACACGGACCAGAAGGACCCCAGCAGGGAGAGGGUAGUUCAGUUACUGGAUGACUUCAAGAUCUCUGGCAUGAACGGAACUCAUGUCUGUAUGGUGUUUGAGGUUCUGGGUCAUCACCUGCUGAAGUGGAUCAUCAAGUCUAACUACCAGGGCCUUCCUCUGCCCUGCGUCAAGAGCAUCAUACGACAGGUUCUCCAGGGCCUGGACUACCUUCACUCCAAGUGUAAGAUCAUCCAUACAGACAUCAAGCCAGAGAACAUCCUGCUGACGGUCAACGAGCCCUACAUUAAGAAGAUGGCUGCCGAGGCAACAGAAUGGCAGAGGACUGGAGCUCCACCCCCCUCCGGUUCCGCAGUGAGCACAGCUCCAGCACCCAAACCAACGGUGAAGAUGUCUAAGAACAAGAAGAAGAAGAUGAAGAAGAAACAGAAGAAGCAGGCAGAGAUGUUAGAGAAGAGGAUUCAGGAGAUGGAGGGAGCGCCGGAAGGAGGAGAGGAGGAGGGGGAGGAAGAGACCACUGCAGACACCCCCCCGCCCUCGUCUGACACGCUACAGGACACGGCUAAUGAUUUCACAGCAGGUCCAGAUAAACCGGAAGAGAAGCAGGAGGAGGAGGAGAGCAGGAUGGAGGUGACCUGCAACGGCCACGCAGAGGAAGACACUGCAAGCCAGGAGGUACAGAGGACUGAGGAAGAAGAGGAGAAAGACGAAGAGGACCAACAGAAAGCCAACAACCUCAACGCCAGCACGGAGGGUAGUGACCUGCCGGUCAAUGCAACUUACCCAGAGUACAACGGCAAAGGUCCCGGUGACCCACACGAUCCUGGUACAGACGGUAAACAAGAGAGAGAGCAGGGGAAGGAGAGCGAGAUGGAGACUGAGGUGAUGCCUGGUAUAGAGGAUGAAGAGGAGGAGGAGGAGGAAAGGAACGAUAAAGUAGCAGCAGGUAGUCUGUUGGUCAACCCUCUGGAACCUCUCAAUGCAGACAAGAUCCAGAUCAAAAUCGCUGACCUGGGGAACGCCUGCUGGGUGCACAAACACUUUACAGAUGACAUACAAACUCGCCAGUACCGUUCUCUGGAGGUGUUGAUGGGAGCGGGCUCAGUUGAAAUGAACGAAUGUACUGUGUUCCUGUGGACCGUUGUGACUGUGUGUUUUAACCAGGCCUUUGAGCUGGCUACAGGGGACUACCUGUUUGAGCCUCACUCUGGACAGGACUACACCAGAGAUGAAGACCACAUAGCGCUGAUCAUUGAGCUGCUGGGUAAAGUUCCUAGGAAGCUGAUCCUAGCAGGAAAAUACUCCAAGGAAUUCUUCACCAAGAAAGGGGACCUCCGGCACAUCACCAAGCUGAAGCCGUGGGGUCUGUUGGAGGUGUUGGUAGAGAAGUAUGAGUGGUCUAAAGAGGAGGCAGCUACCUUCUCCAGCUUCCUGCUCCCAAUGUUAGACCUGGUACCAGAGAAGAGAGCCACGGCUGCGGAGUGCCUCCGACACGCAUGGAUCGCCCCCUAGAGGAUCCCCGGCGCUACCACAGCCACAAGCAGCACAUAUGCAGUACAUACAGACAGACAUGUACAUAAACACACAUUCAAACAUACGUAAACACACACCUCAACGGAGAGCCAGGGCUUUCACUAUGACUGCAUCUCCACCUAGUGGUUCAACACACACACACUGCUGAACACCCUCGUGUCCUAGGUAUAAUCCAGUAGAACUCUUAUCUGUUCGUCUGUUAUUUGGUUCCUUGUUUCAACUGACUGGAUAUCACUUGAGUAUCAAUGUCUUUUCUCUCUGUACCAACGAUGACACCUAGGUAACUCUUUUUGUUCUGAGAAUAUCCUGUCUUUUUUUAGUUUUUUGUCUUGUUUGAUUGAAUACACACCUGUCAGAGUUAAGAUCAAACCUUACAGACCUCCAAUGGAUCAUAUCUCCAGAACACCAACUGUCUGUACCACUAGACUAGCACAUCAGAAUAGUUUUUUUUUUAAUGUACAGUAUUGAUAGAGGUUAGUUUGGAUCUUUAUUUUGUGUUUGUGGGGAAGAGUAGCUGCCUAGAAUACGAUAAAGAAGGUUUGGACUGUCAUAGAUUCUAAGGAUUCUCCAUGAAAUCUUCCUGAACUGGGAACCGAUGUGAAUGAACUGAAACUUCCUGAACGGAAUGGAACCGUCUGGUUCCGUAAGAUCGUCCCUGUCCUUCGUUGUCACGCUCCAGGUAGCAGCUUUGUGCGAAGUGCUAUUACAAUGUGGGGAUAGUACCAUGAACCAAAUGUAAUUUUCUACUUUCUGUUACCUGCAUGGGUCCACAGACCAUGACUAAUGCUACUGAAUAACCAUGUUUCAUAUGUUCUCUCCUGUGGUGUUUAACGUUCCAGACAAGGUUUGCCUCAGAAAGAAAAUAAAAUAAAAUAUUUGGGUGUUAGCUAGGUGGUGUGAUACAAUAUCAUGAGAAGUUUCCACUUUCACAAUAUAAUCAGAAUGGGAGUACUACUGUAUCUGAUUGAAGAACAUCCCAUUUUUAUUUUCUAUUCAGAAGGUCAUGGUUGCCUUCCAAAAAUGUCCACCCUGUUCCCUAUAAAGUUAGGAACAGGGUGCCAUUUUGAACGGACCCCUGUGUUGUACAUAUCUGUGCUCAAAACGUUGACCUUGGUUCUCUGCUUUCCCUCUACAGAACAGCUGCUGUUUCAACAGUGUACGUUUACACCGUUGAGGAUGCUGCCUACGUCCCAAAUGGCACCCUAUUCCCUACAUAGUGCACUACUUUUGACCAGAUUCUUAAGGGCCCAGUUCAAAAGUGGUGCACUAUAUAGGGAAUAGGGUGCCACUUGGGAAGGAACAUGUCUGCGUCGUUUAGGAUGUCAACUGAUGCCAUGAGACGCAUUUGCUAGUUUUUUUGCUUCAUUUUAAAGCAUAUUUUCAUACUGAUGUUGCCCCGCUUGCAGUGGUCUGCUGUUUUAACUGCAUCAAAGAGAAACUAAAUCGUGGAUUGUAAUAAUGAGGCUGGAAUAAGGCUUUGAAGGCUCCCCCCCUCACCUGUUGCUCUUUUUCUACAAGCCUCUCUCCCUUCUCUCUUUCCCCUGACCGCCCCUUGCCUCUUCCUCCUCCUCUGCCUUUGAUUGUUUACUGCUAAAUCGAGCCUCUUUUCUGUACUUAAUAAAAAAUGAACAUUUUAAAAAUG